AUGACGACUCCUUUCACAGAACUCCGUCAAGCCAACAAGGAAGAGCAACCAGACAGCCAACCCCGGCUUCCAUCUGUUGUGUCUUGGUCUGAUCCUUACCCGAGCCAGCUUGUCGGGUACGGGCAAUUACCAGAUUUCACCCAGAACCAGACCCAUCCCACAGCCCGCACCGACAUCCAUAGUUCUUCCAGUUUUAACUUUACAAGCCCACUGGAGAGCGUUUUCUCACAGGAUUCCUUUGAGGCUCUCUCCCAUUCGUCAGCGUCUCCCGCCCACUUUGGCACACUAGGAGAUGGCAUGUCAGGAGAGUGGAGUAUCCAGCAUCCCCAACAGCCUUCUGAAGCCCAUUCACAAUCGUACGAUGCCCGCAUUCAACACCAAGGAUUGAUCCAGCCUACGUCUGACUUUCAACCGCGUUCAAACCUUGAACAACCAGGCGGAUCUUUUAUUCACCUAUCUGGAAUCUCCACGCACUCGACAGCCUAUCCCGCCGGUCAUCAUCACCCGCUGGCGCCCAUGCCACCGGCGACAACAACAGCACCAUCAGGGCCAGCACGAGUAGAGAGCAACGACAUCCUUCGCGAUAAUAUCGAUUCUGUAACAACACCCCCUCAGGUUCAGGAGUACGGACCUGCUUACCUGCAUGACACCCAACCCGCUCAGAGGUUCUUUGGCUUUUCGACACAUUCGCCGCGAUCAUCCAUCUCGCAGGAGGAUGCUUACUCGAUGACGCUUGCCAUGAAUCAAGUGCCUAUCUCUGAUGGCCAACCGGCACCUGAAACAUCGAACAUUUUAUCAAGAGGACCGAAUGAGAGACAAGUCGGCUCUCUCACAGUGGCAACAAGCAACCUUGCUCUAUCAACGCCCUGCACUUCUCCCAGCGUCAGCACCUCCCCUUAUUCGGCAUCACAACUGCAACUGGAUACACCAGCAGGGACAGCAGUGACAGCAGGGACAGCAGGGACAAUUGAAGGGGCAAUGGACAGUCUGGGCAAACCAAGCGGCGGCCAGUGCAUCCCUGCCAAGGGGAAGCGUAGGACAAGAGGGAACAAGGGCGAUCCUUCAGGACUAUUGACAGGCGAUCCUUCCCUUCCCGACGCUGCAGGGGCAACCUUCCACAAGAAAAUUGCCAACAAGCGAUCCCGUGACCGCCUCAACCAGACCUACUCGACUUCGCCCCUUCCGCUCCUCCAGCAUCCAUCCUCGACCCUCGUUCCCUACACCUUCAGUCCGGCCAGCUCUGACCCGCUUCCACACACGCCCUCAACUUCCUCCUCGCCCUCCGUGGCCUCCAACUCAUCUAUAUCCAUGGCUUUGCCGCCUCAGCCGCCCGGGCUCCAGCACAACAGCCCAUACGCGAUUCACGCCUCUUCCAUGGAUCUCUCAACAGGGCAGGCCCCUGGGAUCGCCCCUGGAGGUCCCCAGUACGCCCACUCGCACUCAUCUCAGUCCCAGCAAUUUAGGUCUGCCAACCUUCAAUAUCACCCUCAGCAAGUCCCACAAGGACAACACCCUUCCUAUAACUACAACAGCAUCGCUUCGCCUCCGCCACCACCACCGAAUGCCUUUGCUGAUACCUACCGGAGCGUUCGCACGGUCGCCGGAAUGAACACUUUCGGGGACCCUGCAGCAGAAUUGAUACACACCCUCGACUCUCCUCAGGACUUGCCAAGGCAGAUACUCAACAGACGAAGGUCAUCUCAGGGAUAUUCGUCAGAUACGGUCUCGACACCAGGAGAAGGAUACCAGAGCAGGAGCGACUACUUUGGAUAUUCGCCCCUUCCAUCUCAACUACCCCAACCAUCUGUGCUCUAUCAUCAAUACCAACAGGACCAGUCAUCUUAUCUGCACUCAGGCCACCAAACCCAGCUCUCAUCCCAGCCGUUGGUCGUGCGGCAGCCACAGCAACAACAGCAAUACCAUCCCCAAGAACCGUUUCGGGACCAGCUUUAUCAUCAGCACCAGCAGCGUCGCCAGAAGCAGUAUCAACUCAUGCAGCAACACGAGCUACUGCAGCAACAAUACCAGCUACAGCAGCAGCACCAAAAACAACUACAACAGCAACACUUGCAGCUCCAGCACAUGCAGCAGGCACAGCGCUCGCAGUUCGGGUCGAUCUUUGCGCAGGUAGAUCCUCAGGAGCUGGGCACACAGAGUGACGAUGAGUAUUCAAGUCAUAUGACUUCUCUUACAGAUGCGUUUGUCACCGCUGGUCAAGUCAAGGCGCCAAGGACCCGCGCACGGUCAAGAACUCUGCCCACUCUAGAGGACUUGGAAGAUAUUGUGUUGGAGCCACUGGCAGCAGAAACGCAAGCCCUGGCAGCAGUGUCAAGUCAUCGGCCGGAAGGUUGGUCCAUAAGCACACAACCAGCGCAAACUGGAUCUUCGGCCGCGAUAGCUGUUCACCUCCGGACAACAGUCAGUGUGACUUAUCUUCAGGGUGAACACAGAUCGGCCACCGAGGCGCUCCCUUCAACCAGAAUCGAAGAACUUGGAUCUAAGUCGCCCUCCCUAUCACCUGAAAAUAAAUCGGGGCACGCUGUUGCAUCUGCAGCUGCACCGGAUCUGGAGGAAGAGGUCAAGGAGGCGGCCGUGUCGAGCAUACCUAUCGAGCCCUCCUCAUCUUCAUCGACUGCGGUUUCGUCGCGCCCAGCCAGGCACCCCUGCCCUCGUUGCUCAAAGAGGUUUACAAGGCCCUUCAAUCUCCGUUCUCACAUGCUCGCCCACGACAACGAGAGGCCUUAUGCCUGCGAUGGAAAGUUGGCAACUGGUGCAAAGUGCAAGUCCCGGUUUUCGAGGCGAGCCGACUUGGUUCGGCAUAUCAAGACUAAACACCCGAGCUACACGAAAGACAAGAGCCAGCCGCAAGGAUCCACGUCCAGCAACAACAGCGACGAGAUGGACUGA